ACAAACAACCACAAGAAAAACCACAAAACCAAGAUGGCGGUGCAAGAGACAGCUUCCCAACUCUCUAUGGCUCUCAAAGUCCAAGAAUAUCCCACUCUGAAGGUCCCCUAUGAGACUCUGAACAAGCGUUUCAGGGCGGCUCAGAAGAACAUCGACCGGGAGACAAGUCACGUGACCAUGGUGGUGGCGGAGCUGGAGAAGACGCUGAGCAGCUUCCCUGUUGUGGACUCUGUGGUGUCACUGCUGGAUGGCGUGGUGGAGAAACUCAGCGCCCUGAAGAGGAAGGCUGCUGAGUCCAUCCAAGCAGAAGAUGAGAGUGCCAAGUUGUGUAAGCGUCGCAUCGAACACUUAAAGGAGCACAGCAGUGACCAGCCGGCCUCAGUCAACCUGUGGAAGAAGAAACGCAUGGACCGUAUGAUGGUGGAGCAUCUACUGCGCUGCGGCUACUACAACACAGCUGUUAAACUGGCCAGACAGAGUGGUAUAGAGGAUCUGGUGAACAUUGAGAUGUUCCUGACAGCCAAGGAGGUGGAGGAGUCUCUGGAGCGUCAGGAGACGGCCACUUGCCUGGCUUGGUGCCAUGACAACAAGUCCCGCCUUCGCAAGAUGAAGAGCUGUCUUGAGUUCAGUCUGAGAAUCCAGGAGUUCAUUGAGCUCAUUAGACAAAACAAACGUAUGGAUGCUGUAAGACAUGCAAGGAAACACUUCAGCCAGGCAGAGGGUGGACAGUUGGAUGAGGUUCGGCAGGUGAUGGGCAUGCUGGCCUUCCCCUCAGACACACACAUCUCCCCUUACAAGGACCUUUUGGACCCAGCACGCUGGAAGAUGCUGAUCCAGCAGUUUCGAUAUGACAAUUACAGACUGCACCAGCUGGGCAACAACUCGGUCUUCACCAUCACCCUGCAGGCUGGUCUCUCUGCCAUCAAGACACCUCAGUGCUACAAGGAGGAUGGCACUUCGAAGAACCCAGACUGCCCAGUGUGCAGUAAGUCCCUGAACAAGUUGGCCCAGCCGCUACCAAUGGCCCACUGUGCUAACUCCAGACUGGUCUGCAAGAUCUCUGGGGAGGUCAUGAAUGAAAAUAACCCUCCUAUGAUGCUGCCCAAUGGAUAUGUCUAUGGCUACAAUUCUCUCCUGUCCAUCCGCCAAGAUGACAAAGUGGUGUGCCCCAGAACCAAAGAAGUCUUCAACUUCUCUCAGGCUGAGAAGGUCUACAUUAUGUGAUGUGUCAGAUUAUCCCAUCCUGCUGUGCAUCAACAUGAUUGGAUAUGGCGAGUCGCCCAACACCUGUGAGGCGGCCUAGUCAGAAAACUGCCUGUGGAGCUGUGAUUCAGUGCCCCCUCCCCGCCCCCACCCCCCCACCCAACCCAAUACACACAAACACAUACACACACACACACAUACACACCUGACACACCCCACAAAUCCCCCUCCUAGUACAUGAUUGAGCUGAAAUCCACUCAAUGACCCUAUCUAUCAUCGACCCUGCCCCCUCCCCACCCACAGAAACUGGCCUGUUUUUCCUUUCAGGCUCAGUCUUACGUGGUUAGAGAGAAAGAUGGUGUGUUGUUCUGUCCAUUCAAGCACAUGGCCUAUCAGCAUCAUCUUCCAGGCCCUCAAUCUGAAGAUUAGAGACUAGACAAAAGAACUGAUGAGGAAGAAAAAAAGUAGAUAUUUGAUUUUAUUACAGCGAACGAUACUAUGUGUUGAAUUUAUUUUGACAUUUCCUUAUAACCUAUAGUUACUUCUGUUCCCUUGGUAGUGUGUGGCAGGGCUGUAUUAACUCAGUAUUACUCCAUUAACCAAAUUAACUGGUAAAAUCACAGCUUGGGCCUUUGUUCAAACCAUAUCUGACUGAUCACAUGUGGUGUUCAUCCUAUGAUGAAUACAGCUGACAUCCUUUGUUGUGUAGCUAUUUUUUUUUUUUUUUUUUUUUUUUUUUUUUUUUUUUGAAGGGUUGGGUGUUGAGAUAUGGGGAUGUCUUCUUAAACUGGCCGCCAUUUCACGUUUCAUUCCCCCUUACUGUGAAACUGGAGCCUGUCAAUAUGGGCCACGAUAGGUUCCUUUUUAAAUGUAAAUACUAGAUGAGAUUUGAUCAUCCUUGUGUACAGAUUCAGGGGUUUUGCUGACAAGUAUGAUGAUAAACCUGUUACGAAUAUUCCUCUGUGAACUGAACAAGUCUUCACGGCAUCUUGUGACCUAUGGUAAAACCAUCAGUAUGCUGAAGUUGAUGGAGCAUUUGCUAUAACUUGAUCUCUUCUCAGGGGAAAGUGUUAGGUUUGUUGAUGAACUUGGUAAUAUCAAUUAUGGUGUAGUUACUACCAUAACGAUGCUUACGCAAUAUAAUAGACUACCACCUCUGACGUUUAUUUUUAUUUUAUUUUUUUUAAUGAACAAGUGGUCUUCCUUGGUUGUGUGUGAGGUUUGGCAUUCUCAUUUCUCUCCCUCAACCAACCGAAAAGAGUGGGUUCAUUUUAGUGAACUUUGGAUAUUUAUUCUGUUUAAAAAAGACAGAGUGAUUGAAAUCAAUUCAGCAGUACCCAAUGACUGUCUUUUAAUUUCAUACUUAUUUUUUCAACAAUGAACAUUACAAUAAAGAGAAGGAUUGUGCUGACAUUUCAUCUCAAUUUUGUACUCUGCUGCUUAUUUUAAAGCCGUCUGCAUCACCAACCAUAUUCUACAGGGGUUAUUUAGUGAACAAGCUAGUAAGCUUCAGUGAGCGAGCAUUGACUGCUUUAAAACUGUCCUUGGUUCCCUUACACUUGUCUGCCUUUUUGCUGCCAUUGCAAAAUGAAUUAGACAGGAUAGAAACUUUGACUGGUCUGUGUUUCGCAGUCUGCCUUUUCUUGAAAACUCGGAAGGAAAACAUUAGCUGAUUUUGACUAUUUGAACACAUGCUUCUCCCUUCCCCCCCUUAGGACUUGGAAGAGAUGAAGCAGAGUAUGCAUGGACUGGGAAUGUGAUUAGAAUAACAUGCAUACACACCGAUCAGGAUGUAAUGGCGAGAGAACAGGAAGGUCUAAUGAAAUGAACAACAACUAAUGCACAAAUAACUGUUGAAUAAUAAAGAUAAAACCCUUAACACCCAUUCAAAGCAAUCGAGAAAUGCUGUUCGGGGUCAAUCUUUAUCCUCAGUCUUGUGGGCUAUAAUUUCUUCCAUCUGUUGUUCAUUAAUAAACCAAAAGUUGCCUCUAUUGUGUCCAUUCAUGGUUUAGAACUGUAUCUGUAAGGACGCCGACUGUUCUGAAUACUGACCAUGCAUGUUUGUGUUGGUAGAAUAGAUCAAGGGAUUGUUUCAUGAGCAAAAUGCCUCAUAAAGAUUUCAGUGAAAUUUGA